CCCACGCGACCAGCCUCUCGCUCGCAGCCCCACCAGUAAACAUGGCGGACGAAGAAGUUCAGGUGCAGGGAAAACUCGAGCAUGAGGCAGUAGCCAACGGGGAAACACAGAACUGCGUGAUUGAGGAGACGGAUCCCGCUGAGGAAACUACCAAGAAGAAGAAAAAGAAGAAGAAGAAGAAGGCAGCUGCCUCAGGCGCUAACGAAGCAGAGGGCGAUGGAGAUGCCAGUGCAGUGGGCAAGGUGACGAAACAAAUGGAACAGCAAACUCUGGAGGAGAAGGAUGAUGAUGCUGAAGAAGAUGGUAAAGAGGGCGAUUCAGCAGGAAAGAAGAAGAAAAAGAAGAAGAAAAAGGCAGCAGGACCUAAGACACAGACAGAUCCCCCAACCAUUCCUAUCUCAGAUCUCAUCACAACCGGGGUUUACGCUAAGGGCCAGGAAUGUGAAUACCCAACUACACACGAUGGGCGCACGGCCACCUGGCGGGCCACUAGCGAGGAGAAGCGUGUGCUGGACGCUGCCAACGAGGAGAUGUGGAGUGACUUCCGGCAGGCAGCAGAGGCCCACCGGCAGGUGCGCUCCUACGUCCAAAGCUACAUCAAGCCCGGCAUGACCAUGAUCGAGAUCUGUGAGAAGUUAGAGGAUGCAUCCAGGAAGCUGAUUAAGGAGAACGGCCUGAACGCUGGGCUGGCCUUCCCCACCGGCUGCUCCCUCAACCACUGUGCCGCGCAUUACACCCCCAACGCCGGAGACCCCACCGUGCUCCAGUACGACGACGUCUGCAAGAUCGACUUUGGCACGCACAUCAACGGUCGGAUCAUUGAUUGUGCCUUCACCGUGACCUUCAACCCAAAGUAUGACAAGUUGCUCGAGGCUGUGAAAGAUGCCACCAACACAGGAAUAAAGUGUGCAGGUAUUGAUGUGCGCCUCUGUGACAUCGGGGAAGCCAUACAGGAAACUAUGGAGUCUUACGAGGUGGAGUUGGAUGGAAAAACAUACCAAGUAAAACCAAUCAGGAAUCUUAACGGCCAUUCUAUUGGACAGUACAGAAUACACGCCGGCAAAACGGUGCCAAUCGUCAAGGGUGGAGAGGCCACAAGGAUGGAGGAGGGCGAGGUGUACGCCAUUGAGACCUUUGGCAGUACUGGGAAGGGCAUGGUGCAUGAUGACAUGGAGUGCUCACACUAUAUGAAAAACUUUGAAGUUGGUCAUGUGCCAAUCAGACUCCCCAGAGCCAAGCACCUACUGAACGUCGUCAACGAGAACUUCGGCACGCUGGCCUUCUGCCGGCGCUGGCUGGACCGGCUGGGCGAGAGCAAGUACCUGAUGGCGCUGAAGAACCUGUGUGACCUGGGCAUCAUCGACCCGUACCCACCGCUCUGCGACGCCAAGGGCAGCUACACGGCCCAGUUCGAACACACCAUCCUGCUGCGGCCCACCUGCAAAGAGGUGGUCAGCCGCGGAGACGAUUACUGAGCUACAGUAUUGCCAUCACCACUCGCAACCCCAUGCACGUAUGCUCCCCCAUCCAACACCCCCUCCCUCCCCUGAUCCCCCUGAUCCCUUUCUCUGACCUGAUGGACUUGGGCAAAGGACAUGUUUCCUCCUGCAUCCCCCUGCCCCCUCUUUUACUGAUGGAAGAACCAAUGUCUUCUCUACUCUGGCUUUGGCUGUCAGCGUUUCUAUGUGUAACGGAACAACCUCUUGGGUUGUUCAAGUCGCUUCAGCUUUUCUUUUUCCUCCCUCAGCCUGUUUUGGCGUGAGGUGGGGGAGAUGAGAUAAAUAUGUCAUGGCACCACCAGCCUGUUUUUGCAUUAUCAGGUUUGAUACGAUGAAAUCGACCUUAGCCGUUAGCCAUGUUGUCCAUGUCAUUCUUUAUGCCUUUUGAGAGACCCACCAAAACAGCCACCGUACCCCUCCUCUGGUAUGGUUCAGGUUUCACAAACUUCUUUACACAUUAGUUCUCGGACAGGACAUUGUUCGUUUGACCUGCUCCAGGGAAUGCUAGCAAAUUUUUAGACCACAACACAAAAAAAGGAAGCACACAAUGUAGCGUUGGCAUUCUAAAUGGCGUUACAUCAGUGUUUGGAUACGCUGAGGUGGAUGUUGACUCUUUAGAGUCAUUUGAAAAAAAAAUACAUGUAAUAAAAAGUUUAAGGCA